GUCCUGUGCCCUGUCCGGUGGGAACAUGGUCUAACAGUACAGGACUAAGGAGUGCUGAGGAGUGCCAGUCAUGCCCUGGGGGGUUUUACUGUUCCUCUGCUGGUCUGACUGAACCCAGUGGACUCUGCUCUAAUGGGUAUGAGCCAAGUAAUAUAUACAAUAUAACUUAAAUACAGAUGCCUGAUUUAACUUAUGGUAUCAUGUUUCCCCAAAAGGUUUUAUUGUGCAGAGAAAGCUGACACUCCCACACCUAUUGAUGGGGUCUCUGGACACAUCUGCCCAGAGGGUCAUUACUGUCCUCCAGGAACCACUCUCCCUGUGCCAUGUGAUCCUGGAACUUUUGUAACCAUCACUCAAGCCUCUCAGUGCUGGCCCUGCACAGCUGGCUGGUACUGUGUGGAUGGAGCCCGGCUGCUGUGCCCAGCUGGUUUCUAUUGUCCUGAAAGCACAGGUUAUGACUGGAGGCCUUGUCCGGUGGGGACAUACAGUCCUGACUCUGGUUUGAGCAGCCUCUCUGAAUGUAGGGAAUGUGAUGGAGGACACUACUGCUCUCUUCAGAACUCCACGUCUGUCACAGGAAAAUGCUCUGAGGGAUAUUACUGUGCACAUGGAAACAUCUCACCUCAACCUCACAAGCAGUCUUCGGGAGGGGGACCUUGUCCUGCAGGUCACUUUUGCCCGCAAAGCACUGCUCAGCCUCAGCCUUGUCCAGAGGGCACUUUCAGUAACAAAUCCCAACUGGUGAAAAUGGUAAGAAGAAUUUCUCUAUUUAGAUUAAAAGUGCAACAACACGAGCUCACACAAGUGCAAUUGCCAGCAGUCACUUCUGUAAAGGCCAUAGAUACCAUUUUCUUACAGGAAGAGUGUUUGUUAUGUCCUGCUGGCCAUUAUUGUGACAUAUCUGGGCUGACUUCACCCAGUGGAGAAUGCUGGGAAGGUUUUUACUGCAAACAGGGAGCCGUACUCCCCAACAGCCCAAUCAACGAUCACAGAGGAGGACCGUGUCCGACAGGUAAUUGACAGAUCCCCCAAUUCAAGGCAGAUUAAAAACACCCACCUUCCCCUCAAACCGGCCCACCUCAUCCUGUUUUCUGCUCCCGCGUAGGUUA